CACAGCCCUCAAACUGUCCGUCUCCACCCCUACACCCCCUUGGCUCCUGAAUACCGCCAGCCCCCGAAGGGAUCGACUCCCUCCCAGCCUGCUUCUAUUUUGGAGAGGCGGCCAGCGCCGUGGGACCCCGAAUAUGACGUGGUAAAGGUGGUGGGGCAGGUGCCCCCUCUGGGGCAAGGCAGUUCCUUUUCCUGUCGGACCCUGCCCCACCCAUCCUUCGCCCCACUGUAUGAAAUGCUGGACCCCCGUUCCCCGCUGCUGCUGCCUCCGGACAGGGGUGCCUUGGGGAGCCAUGGCCCCAGGAUGGACAGAGGUAGUCAUCGUCCUGCCUGCGGCCCAGCACCCCCGCAUCAUGGCCCUGGGGGCGAGGGAGGGAUCCCUGUUCUCUCGCGCCAUGAACUCUUCAUGUCAGACCCCCUGCUGCCCCCUGGCCAGAGGAUCAUGCUGCACGUCAACCAGCCCCCCCAGCCCCGGGGGUCCCUGCGGCUGAGGACCCCACCGCCCAUCAUGGCCUGCCGGGUCACCCCACCCCCCCACUGCCCGCCCCCCAACCUGGCUUUCAGGGCCAGAGCUGGCGGGCGCUGACAGGCCUCCUGGAGCUGGAUGUCAGGCCGGGCCCGGGGCGGUGCCCCCGCUGACCACCUCCCCUUCCUUGACCACCUCCCACUCAUCUCCCGAUCCCACCGACACACGGAGUGGAGGUGACCAGUCUGCAUAAUCCCCUGGGUACCUCCCCUCACCCCUGCAAGCAGAGGGCCAGUGGGGGUGCAGGUUAGGGGCACAAGGUAGAUGAUGUUGUUUAUAGUGGGGAGGCAGUCACUCCCCCACCCUCUUUUUGUAAUUGUUGUGGUUUGUACUGAUAUUCAAUAAAGUUUCUUUUUUAAUCAA